AUGCGUAUGAAGUUAUGUCGGCCAUGGUGUGUGGAUCGGGACGGCACAAUUUACGUGCGCGAUGUAGCGCAGGAACAACAGCUGAUACCCAUAACUCUAAUACUCGCCGACUAUUACAAGGACUACUCACCGAACGCAACAAUAACUGACUGGACACCGGGAGAGUCAUGCGUCGUCUACGAUAGCAGAAGGAGUCUCUAUUUAAGAUCAAUAAUCAUGGCAGUGGAUACAGAAAACAGCACGUGUACUGUUGGGUACAUUGAUUACGGCAACAUAAACGAACAUGCCUUUGAGGACCUACGGAAAGGCACGCCGACGCGGCACAUACCUGCCCUAGCUCAGGCAUGUUCGUUUUAUAACUUAAGGCCCGAGGGAGGCACUUGGACUGAUGAAGCCAUGGACUAUAUGAAUGAACAUACCUUAGGCCGAGUAUGGGACUUACGCAUAUGUGGUUUGGUAUUCACAGUACAGGAACAACAGCUGAUACCCAUAACUCUAUCACUCGCCGACUAUUACGAGGACUACUCACCGAACGCAACAAUAACUGACUGGACACCGGGAGAGUCAUGCGUCGUCUACGAUAGCAGAAGGAGUCUGUAUUUAAGAUCAAUAAUCAUGACAGUGGAUACAGAAAACAGCACGUGUACUGUUGGGUACAUUGAUUACGGCAACAUAAACGAACAUGCCUUUGAGGACCUACGGAAAGGCACGCCGACGCGGCACAUACCUGCCCUAGCUCAGGCAUGUUCGUUUUAUAACUUAAGGCCCGAGGGAGGCACUUGGACUGAGGAAACCAUGGACUAUAUGAAUGAACAUAUCUUAGGCCGAGAUUUCACUGAAGAAGAAAAUUCAGAAGACGAACAAGAGUUUUAUGAUGCGUAUGAAGUUAUGUCGGCCAUGAGAGUGCACUUAGAUAAGCUGAAAGCAGUCAGUCGGUGUGUGGAUCGGGACGGCACAAUUUACGUGCGGGAUAUAGUACAGGAACAACAGCUGAUACCCAUAACUCUAAUACUCGCCGAGUAUUACAAGGACUACUCACCGAACGAAACAAUAACUGACUGGACACCGGGAGAGUCAUGCGUCGUCUACGAUAGCAGAAGGAGUCUGUAUUUAAGAUCAAUAAUCAUGACAGUGGAUACAGAAAACAGCACGUGUACUGUUGGGUACAUUGAUUACGGCAACAUAAACGAACAUGCCUUUGAGGACCUACGGAAAGGCACGCCGACGCGGCACAUACCUGCCCUAGCUCAGGCAUGUUCGUUUUAUAACUUAAGCCCCGAGGGAGGCACUUGGACUGAUGAAGCCAUGGACUAUAUGAAUGAACAUAUCUUAGGCCGAGUAUGCGACUUACGUAUUCACCGGUGUGUGGAUCGGGACGGCACAAUUUACGUGCGCGAUAUAGUACAGGAACAACAGCUGAUACCCAUAACUCUAAUACUCGCCGACUAUUACAAGGACUACUCACCGAACGCAACAAUAACUGACUGGACACCGGGAGAGUCAUGCGUCGUCUACGAUAGCAGAAGGAGUCUGUAUUUAAGAUCAAUAAUCAUGACAGUGGAUACAGAAAACAGCACGUGUACUGUUGGGUACAUUGAUUACGGCAACAUAAACGAACAUGCCUUUGAGGACCUACGGAAAGGCACGCCGACGCGGCACAUACCUGCCCUAGCUCAGGCAUGUUCGUUUUAUAACUUAAGGCCCGAGGGAGGCACUUGGACUGAUGAAGCCAUGGACUAUAUGAAUGAACAUAUCUUAGGCCGAGAUUUCACUGAAGAAGAAAAUUCAGAAGACGAACAAGAGUUUUAUGAUGCGUAUGAAGUUAUGUCGGCCAUGAGAGUGCACUUAGAUAAGCUGAAAGCAGUCAGUAGGUGUGUGGAUCGGGACGGCACAAUUUACGUGCGCGAUAUAGUACAGGAACAACAGCUGAUACCCAUAACUCUAAUACUCGCCGAGUAUUACAAGGACUACUCACCGAACGCAACAAUAACUGACUGGACACCGGGAGAGUCAUGCGUCGUCUACGAUAGCAGAAGGAGUCUCGCGAGCGCGCGCGCGGCGGCCGGCGUGGCGCGCAGCAGGCGCGCGCGGACACGCAGCGCGUGCAGCACGCGCGGGGACACGCACGCGCGCGCCGCGCCCGCGCCCGCGCCCGCGCCCGCGCCCGCGCCCGCCUCCGCGCCGCCCGCCGCGCCCAGCGGGGACCGACCGCCGUUGCGGGCCGCCGCCACCUGCGCCAUUCAAUUAACAACACUUAAACAUCAUUCAACGGAACCAAAACGAAGUAUAAAAAUACAUUAG